UUGUGCACCACACCCGAUAACACCCCUGUGACUGAUACUGAGAAGAAGCUUGAAUCUUCCACACUGGAUCUGCUAUGGAUAUGCUCUGAUUCCUAGGACCAGCUUGGCUUUACAAACUCUGGAAUUAAUUCAUGGCAUUAAUGGUUGGAUGAAGAGGGACAGUGAAGCCCCUGAUGAUAAUAAAAGGAGCUACAGACUGAUUGCAACACAACAAGUUGCUUCCACAGAGAUUUGUCAGACAUUUCUUACAACCCUGAGUCGGUGAGCACACAGCACCAUGGUUAUUCAUUACCAGGACCAGCAUUAUGACCGGCUUAAAAACCUGUGUUGUCGCCAAAGCUGUGUUUUUGAGGAUCCCAACUUUCCAGCAAAUGACCAGUCCCUGUAUUACAGCCAGAGUCCCCCCAGGGUGGUGGAGUGGAAGCGACCUCAGGAUCUGGUGAGAGCACCCAGCCUGUUUUCCGCCAGCGGCAUCAGUCCAAAUGACCUGCAGCAAGGCAGUCUGGGUAAUUGCUGGUUUGUGGCAGCAGCAUCUUGUUUAGCCAAAGACCCUUCGAUAUGGAAGAAGGUCAUACCUUCCCCCAAGGAGCAGGAAUGGCCCAGCCCUGGAGGUGCCCCUCACUGCGGGAUCUUCAGGUUCCGAUUCUGGCGUUUCGGACGUUGGGUAGAAGUCGUGAUCGAUGACCGAUUGCCGACAUCUGGCGGAGAGUUAAUUUUUUGCAGACCUGGUCGCAAGUCUGAUGCAUUCUGGUGUUCACUGCUUGAGAAAGCUUAUGCCAAACUGAUUGGAAGUUAUGAAGCUCUGGACGGAGGGAGCACAGCCGAAGCUCUGAUUGAUUUCACUGGAGGUGUUUCUGAGCCCAUGGACAUCUUGGAGGAAAAAUUCAGAUCAGAUGAGGCAAAGAAGAAGCUAUUUAAGGCUCUGAUGAAGGCCCAUUCCAGAGCAUCACUCAUAUGCAGCUCUAUUAGGCCGUCAGCAAAUCAGUCUAUGGAGGAGGUCCUCUCUAGCGGCCUGGUCACAGGCCAUGCCUACAGUGUUACCGCAGUCCGAAGCAUCGCCCUUCACUCGGGGCUCUUGUCCCUUUUUCGGACCCACAAACUGCGCCUCGUCCGCCUGCGCAAUCCUUGGGGAAGCGGAGAAUGGAAUGGGGCCUGGAGCGAUGGAUCAGAAGAAUGGAAGAAAGUGAGCCAAAGGGAGAGAAAGAAAAUGGGGGUCACGGUAGAUGACGACGGAGAAUUUUGGAUGAGCUGGGAGGAUUUCUGCACACACUUCACUGAUCUCACGCUGUGUCGGAGGGUGAACACCCACUUCCUGAGCACACACAAGACGUGGAACGAGGAGUCCGUCUUCUCUGCCUGGAAGCAAAAUCCUGAUCCUUUGAAGGACCGGAGUGGUGGCUGUCCCAACAACAAGGCCACCUACCUACACAACCCUCAGUUCUCCUUUGAUGUGACCUUAGACCAUGACUCUGUCCUCAUCUCAUUGGAGCAGGAAGAUCACAGGACUCAGCGCAGCACCGGGGGAGGGGACAACCUGCCCAUUGGGUUCUUUGUCUUCAAGGUUGAAGUGAACCGCAAAUAUCGCCUACACUGUACUGCUAGCAAAGCCUCCUCUUCUUCUUAUAUUAACUCCCGAAGCGUCCUACUCCAUACAGAACUACAGAAAGGGCGUUACGUCAUCUUACCCACAACUUUCCACUCCAGACAGACCGGCGCCUUCCUUCUCCGAGUUUACACAGACCGGGCCAGCCAUCUCCGAGAACUGAAUAAAGAUGUUCCCGCUCCCUCCUGCCUGUUUUUCAUUGGCUCUGCGCGGGUGGUCACCUCCAUUACCGUGCACGCAGCGUCUGGGCUGUCAGUACCUGGAAGUAGCAGUGAUCCUUCUGUCUAUGUGACAAUUCACUGUGAGGGUCAGAAGGUAAGAUCACAGACGGUGAAAGGACGGAACCCGGAGUUUGACUUGAAAGCCAUAUUUUACCGCAAGCAAGAGAAAAAGAUGAUUGUUGUACAGGUAUGGCAGUCACGAUGGGCGAGGGACACCUUAUUGGGCAGCGUGUCGGUUCCGUGUCCUGUCGGAGAGUCGAACCAGACCUCGGUGCUGAGACUGCAGAGGAAAGACGUUGGGUCGGCUGGAUACAUCAUGGUGGAGAAAUCAAGCAGCUCAGACCUGACUGCACUGUGACUUCUUCCUGCCUGCCGUCUGUCAGUUUCAUUUGUGGUUGUCACCUCCUCCUCUCUUUAUACAUCUCCCCCUCUUUCCUGUCCCACAUCACCUCCACGCCGCACAUUCUGUACACUUCACAGAAGCUUCACCAUGGGGAGAAUGCUGGUUAUAGUCACUCUUUUCCUUGGAGGAGUUUGUCCAGGUAUGGACCAUGUGAUGGGUGGCGUGGGCAGGGGGGACAAUGGCAGACCUGUAGCAACAGUGCAGGCUAGAGUGAUGUUUCUUAAAGUCUAUCUAAAACGGAAAAAAAACGUUUGAUUUGUUUAGAGUGGGUUGUAAACUCGGCCAGUUUAUUUUUUGCUGUCUGUGCCCCUCCUGGGAAGAUUAACCUUCUCUAUUGGUCACCAUGAUGGGAAAUCCAAUGCUUGUUUGGAUAAUAACUGUGUAGGACCUUGGUACCCAACGUGCCACCCAGGGGCCACAUGCAGCUCUUUAGCACUUAUUGUGUGGCCCUCGGGUUGCAGAGGGGCCAUUCGGUAAGUGCCAAGUGGCCACACCAAAUCACAAAUCUCUGAAGGAAAGGUAUUCUUUAGACAUCCUUCUAGUGGACACAUGGUCUUGUUUUAUUUCUAUUGUACUAUUUUACUUUUUUCUAUUUUCUUCUUCUUUGCAUCUGAUCUGUUAUAAUGGAUCUUCCCAAAACAUACGUCAGUACAAGUCAUUUUUAAAGCGGUGGUUCACCCUGCUGAACAACAUUUCA